AUGGGUUCGUCAGCUUCCAAAGGUGCAAAAGCUGCGGGCAGCGCGGCGAGAAAAUAUCCUACAAGGGCGCCGACCAGUACUACAACAACACCGACGACGACGACGACGCAAAAGGUGCCUGGGUUAAAGACGCAAAACAAUGGACCCAUUGUACAUCCUGAGUUGCAGGCUACGAGUGAGAAAACAAAUGCCGUUUUGAACGAUGCUCGCGACCCAGCCUUUGCCUCGCGCCUCUCCUCCCUUGGCGCAGUCCAGCCAAACCCCCACUACUCGCCCUCCUCGCUCUCGCAAUUCGACCCCAGGCGCAACACCUCACCCCACCUACCCUCCGAUACCAUGAUGAACUCUCCGCCGCAAUCUGCAUUCCCUGAUGCUCGGAACAAUCCUGUGUUGCGCGUGCUCGAGGCAAGGCAGCGCAUUGCGGAGGCGGCGGAAGAAGAGUUGAGGGAUGUGGGGAGGAGGGGGUUCAAGGGGAGGACAUAUCUGGAUGCAGGGUUGAUCACGUUGGCACUGAUGAGAAUGGAGAGGGGAGAGCCGGCGGAGAGAAUUGAGGAGAGUUUGGGAAUAAUGAAGGGGAGGUUAGGUGUUCUGGGUAAGGGCGUUGUGGGGUCUGUUGAGUUAGGGUGAAGGUGGAGAAACUGAUGCGAUACACGCAACACUGAAGCUGGGAGGAUAGGGACCAGGAUGCAAGAUAAAAUGGGCACGUACAACAAUAGGGUCUGGAGAGGAGGCGGCAUUGUCAAAGCCUAGCCAUGACGGCAUUUUUUUCUUCGACCUGCGAAAGAGCGAAAGAACGUACAAGCUAUGUACAUACGAAACGAAGAACCAAAGGAAACUCGUGUCAAGACAACAACGAAAAACCCAAACCCAAUCUUUCCAACCGAUGCGAUGCGCUACCCAAACCCAAGUCGUUAUCCAGACGCCAAAUCAACACCGGUACCGAUGCAAACAAAAGAAAAAAAAACCGAGCAACGACACGAUCAUGACUCGUCAUGGUCGGCGUUCUCAUGGAUGAAGUUGUUGAGCGCGAUCAGUGCCUCCUUGAGACAUUCCUGAUCGACUUCGAGGCCGUCCCUCGACAUCUCGUCGUAACCUAUCCUGACUACUCCGCCGACAGC